CUUGUCAGAGGAACAGGAGAGAGCAGAGGAAGAAAAAAAGAAAAAGGAAGAAGUAGCAGUCGACUGUCCCUGCUGUUCACGCGCAGCCUCUCGGACAGCAUGAAACUCACGCUGCUGACUGAAAGAAAGCUGUAAAUCUGAGAAAGAAAGAUAUUAAGUCUUCUUCAAACGGAAGGGCCUCGUUUCGGCGCGAACGAUUGUUCUAGUUAGUGAGCUAGCUUAGCCUGUUAGCUUAGCUGGACACCCACUCAGCCGUGUCCGAGUGUGCAGGACUUCACACUAUCAGGAGCGGGGACACAUCCACCCGGAACUGCACCAAAACUGACCCGGGCUUCACAUUACAACUGCAGCUGCACGUGUCGGGUCCAAACGCGGCUUUUGCACUUAAAGUUUAAACAAAAACAAAAACACAUCCUGCAAAACAAGGAAGUGUGAAUGAACGUAGCGCUGCAACUGCAUUGCAUCAUUGUGCAGCUUGUGUCUGCAGCCUCAGCCUGUUCGCCCAACCAGCAGUGCCGAUAUCGAUCAUCUGUGAAAGCAUCGGUGCGUGCGGUCGAUAUAUCGAUCUCUGUCGAACUAAACUAGGCUGGAAGCGUGCUCUGCCGUUUCAGAGAUGAUUCCCGACAAAGCGCCGAAGGAAGACGUCUUCCACGGGUCCGAGGAGCUGAAGAAGGAGGCUCACAUCCCCAGCUUUGAGAAAUAUAAAGAGCUCUACCUGAAAUCCAUAGAGCAUCCCGAUGAGUUCUGGGGCGACAUUGCCAAAGAUUUCUUCUGGAAGACCAAACACGCGGGUCGUUUCCUGGACUACAACUUCGACGUGACCAAAGGAGAAAUAUUUGUCAAGUGUAUGGAGGGAGCGUCCACCAACAUCUGCUACAACGUGCUCGACCACAACGUCCACGAGAGGAAGCUCGGAGAUAAAGUGGCCUUCUACUGGUGA